AUGCGUGUUCGAUGCGUGGCAUCUUCGGAGAGCACGGAAGAGGCCAGUGUCCAGGUGGAGGAUGGUGUUGCAACUGAAACAACGAUACACGCGCGAUUUGGGACUGCUCAUCUCGUACCUUUCCUGGACCGCCAGCCAGACAGGCUUGAAAGCUGGCGCAAACUGUGUGAGGCGGACAAACAACCCGAACAGGAUGUGAAUCAGCUCUACUCCUCCUUCACGGAGCGAGGCUUGAGCUACGGAGUUUCUUUUCAGACGUUGACCAGCACAGCGUGCUUCACCGAGCUUGGAGCUCUUGCUCGAUUGCAGGAUCCAUGCAAGGUGGAGUGCGCCUCCUGGGAGAAAUCCCUGCAGUUACUGCAUCCUGCACAGCUCGACGGGGCGCUGCUCGUAGAGCUGGCCGCCCGCGGAGAGAAAUCCACGUACCUUCCCUUUGCCGUGCGCCGGACAACGAUCGCGGCGCAAUGCACUUCGGGGGACCUCUGGGCUGCUGUCCGUGUCCAGGAGCGCUCGGAGGCCUCCUUACUGGCCGAUGUUGAAAUCUUCAAUUCCGAUGGCCAGCUGGCUGCGCGUUUGGAGGGGGCCAGCUGCUGA